AUGGCCAGAUUCACUCAGACUGAAACAAGAAGGCAGCAGCAUCCACAGCAGCAUCCCCAGCCGCCCCAGCCCACUCUCUCCUGCCUGGUUUACACCGGACCGGGGGCACCAGCGACCCAGCCGCCACCACCACUGCUCCCACAUCAGCACCAGUACCCCAAACCCAUGAACGGCUCAGAAUCCAUUUCCAUUCAUCCGGACAACGGCAACAUGAAAGACCAAGAUGCCAUUAAGCUGUUUAUUGGGCAGAUACCGCGGAACUUGGAGGAGAAAGACCUGAAGCCGCUGUUUGAACAGUUUGGGAAAAUCCACGAACUGACAGUUCUCAAGGACCGAUACACCGGCAUGCACAAAGGUUGUGCAUUUCUCACUUACUGCGCUCGGGAGUCGGCCAUCAAAGCCCAGAAUGCUCUCCAUGAACAGAAGACACUGCCAGGGAUGACUCGGCCCAUCCAGGUGAAACCCGCCGACAGCGAGAGCCGUGGAGGUAGUUGUCUUCUUUUCUCUUUUUGCUCAUGUCUAAGACAAAAACCAAACCACAGGAAGUUGUUUGUGGGGAUGCUAAACAAACAGCAGACAGAGGAAGAUGUCUACCGCCUCUUCGAACCCUACGGAGUGAUCGAGGAGUGCACGGUCCUAAGAGGUCCUGAUGGAAACAGCAAAGGUUGUGCCUUUGUCAAGUUCUCCACACACACCGAGGCUCAGUCUGCAAUCAGUGCUCUCCACGGCAGCCAAACCAUGCCCGGCGCCUCCUCCAGCCUGGUGGUAAAGUUUGCCGAUACAGAUAAGGAGCGCACCAUCAGACGCAUGCAGCAGAUGGUGGGGCAGUUCGGCAUCUUCAACCCCGCCAUCGCCCUUCCCUUCAGCACCUACAGCUCAUAUGCACAUGCGCUCAUGCAGCAGCAGGCAGCCAUCAUGGCAGCCAGCCACGGAGGUUACCUCACACCCAGCGUGGCAUUCCCGGCCACACAGAUCCACCAGAUGGGGGCGCUUAACAUCAACAGCCUGCCACCCACCCCCAUGACCCCGGUGUCGGGUGAUUCUCCACCCGCCAACAUCACCACCUCGGCUGUGCCCAGCAUAGUCACGCCCAUUGUCAACGGCUUCACGGGGAUCCCCCACCAGCCCAAUGGACACCCGGCUGUGGAGACGGUCUACACCAACGGCCUGCCCCCAUACUCCACCCAGAGCCCCACAGCUGCUGACACUCUGCAGCAAGCUUUCACUGGUGUACAGCAAUACACAGGAGCCAUCUACCCGGCCACUACGCUGACUCCCAUUGGUCAGACACUGCCCCAGCCACCCCAGGUCAUCCAACAGCAGCAGCAGAGAGAAGGUCCCGAGGGCUGUAACCUCUUCAUCUACCACCUGCCGCAGGAGUUUGGAGACAACGAGCUCAUGCAGAUGUUCCUGCCCUUCGGCACUGUCAUCUCCUCCAAGGUGUUCAUGGACCGUGCCACCAACCAGAGCAAGUGCUUUGGUUUCGUGAGCUUCGAUAACCCUGCUAGUGCACAGGCAGCUAUUCAAGCCAUGAACGGCUUUCAGAUUGGGAUGAAGCGAUUGAAAGUCCAGCUAAAGAGACCGAAGGAUGCCAGCCGCCCUUACUGA